AUGAGACUGACAGACACACGGAUCCUGGACGAUUUAUUACUGAGAGUUUGUGGAGAGUCUCUGAUGCUGCAGAAACAGACCGUUCCCUCUGAAAUGUGUCCACGAUGUUUGAGGGAACAGGACGAUGUUCUGAGGUCACUUCAUUAAUGGGUUUGUUAGUGAGGAUCAACACUGACUCUGCAGGUUGUCCAAUGGGUCCUGAAGAAGAGGAAGAUCUCAGCUAACAGACAGAGCGGCGGCGAACUCCGUGAGCCCGAGCUGGGUUUAGUCUGCUGAUGGAGCUGCAGGCCGGCGUCACGCAACAGGCGGCGUUACCAUGGAAACACUGCAUCCACCUGACUCUGAUGCUGGUCCAGCUGCUCUUACCUGAAGUCGGAGCUUCCUGUCGUAUCCUGAGGUGUAACUCUGACUUUGUGGCUGCGACGUUGGACCUGGGCAGCAGCAGCAGCAGCAGUGAGGGUGGAGGAGGCGGAGGACCAGGUGGAGGACCAGGCGGGGCAGCUCUCAGCAGGGCGGUGGUGAACGCCGGUUACUGCAGCGCCCUACGCUCCUACGCCAUGUGCACAAAGCGGAUGGCACGGGCAUGUCGCGGUGACCUGGCGUACCACUCUGCGGUUCAGGGCAUCGAAGACCUGCUGAUCCAGCACCGCUGCCCCCGGGCAGGGCCCACAGCCCAGCCCCGCCCCCUCCCUCAGGGCACGCUGUCGGGAGACGCCUGCCUCUACGAGAGGAGCUUCUUCAGCAGAGAGGGUCGGACACCGGACUACCUGCACUGCGGUGUGUUUGGGGACCCGCACCUCCGAACCUUCAACAACGACUUCCAGACGUGUGCCGUGCAGGGGGCGUGGCCUCUCAUAGACAACGAAUACCUGUACAUACAGGCCACCAGCUCACCGACCAGGGGCGGGGUGCACGGCACGGUGCUCACCAAGAUCACCAUCAUCUUUAAGAACAUGCGCCAGUGUAUCGAUCAGCAACUGUACCAGGCCGAGCUGGAUAACGUCCCCGCUGCGUUCGCCGACGGCUCGGUGUCCAGCGGCGAGCGGCGAGGUCACCACAGUCUGACGGUCCGGACUCAGAGUCCGGGCCGACACGCGGAGAUCCGAGCGGCUCACAUCGGGACGCUGAUGGUGGUGCGUCAGAGCGGCCGAUCGCUCGGCCUGUCGGUCCGGUCGCCGCGCCGCAUCGUGGAGGCCUUCGGCCCCGAGCAGGACCUUCAGCUGUGCGUGUGGGGCUGCCCCCAGUCCCAGAGACUCAACACGCUCCGCCUGCCGCCAGAUUCUUCGCCAUCCGCCGCCGUCGGCGCCCACGCCCACUGCGCCGCGCUGCUUCCCGCCCGAGACAUCUACUACCAGGCUUGCGUGUUCGACCUGAUCGCCAGCGGAGACCUGAACUCCAGCACAGCCGCCGUCAGCGCGCUGCAGGACGCCCGAAGCAUGAUCUCUGAGCGGGAGAGAGUUCACCUGCUGCUGGUCGCCUCCGCUGAGCAUCGCCGGGCACCACCACACCUGACGCUGCUGCUGCUGCUGCUCGGCAUGCUGGGAACUAUGACCAGAGCCUGAAGCAGCAGGAAGUCACUGAUGACAUCACUCAACACGGACCGGAAGACUGACUGACAUAAGGACCACACCCGAGGAGGACAAAACACACACCUGUGGUCACGUGACUCAGGUGGUAAACUGCAGCAGAUGAGACCGUGUCAGCAGGUCUCACCGGGCCUGACGUGGUUCUGGAUCACAGCUGCUGAAGCUCCAGUUCAGCCUGGAGGCCAACAAACCAGAACACAUGUGGGAACAAUGAACAACUCAACUAAAGAGCAGCUGCUGUGAACUGAUGAUAAAGGUUUGGCAGUGAAAAGUCUAAAUGUUGAAAAGUUGUAACCACAUCUGUCUGUGACGUUUUGGUUGUGACAUCUGACCUUACCUGAAAAAGGUCAAAUGAAUACGGGUAUAUGAAUACCCUCAGUCUGGUCUGCAGGCACAGCUGAGGACACGGAGGGCAGGUUUACUGUCUCCAGGUGUGUUUCCAUCACCAGUUUUCAUUGGCAUUCUGUUUCGGUUUCUGCAUAACAACCUGAAAACCCUGAAAUAUCAGCCGUGGAUAAAACAAGCCUGAGGAAACAAACGCUGACGUACAUGAAGCACGAAAAGACGAAACCGUCACACUAGGCUCACAGCUCUGGUUUAACCAAUAGACUCAGACAGAAUCUAAACCUAAAUCCUUCAGGGAUGAGGAUUAUCAUUCAGUGUCCAUCACCGUCUCAGCAGAGCGAGUCCGUCUAACUUCUGAGUAGAUGGAGGAUUUGUCGUUAACGUGCACAAACUGAAAUCGAUCUGAUAAAUAGGACAUAAACCAUCUUAGAGCGGUUCCUUUAAAG